UAUCAGUGCCCAUCUAUAUGUAACUGAUACACACACAAUUCAAAUACUGUUCUUUUACAAACCCUAGCUCUUCUGUGUAUCUGAAACCCUAGUAGCCUCGGACGCACCCCAAUCCAUCGACGACUCGGAAAAGUUAUAAGUCAAUAAAUAUAUAAUUUCUUCUAAAUUAGAAUUUACAUCUGGGGCCCGGGAUUUACGUGGAAAUCCUGACUUACACUGGUUCUUUUUAUCAAGGGUUCCUUCAAUCUCAGUCAAGGAGUUGUGUUAGCGUUGGAAGAUGGUGGGUGGGAACAGGAGAGAAGAGGGGUCGUUCACUGUGAGCAACACUAAUGUAUUUGCUGCGUUGGAGAGCCGGAGGAAGAAGAAGAAGUCUGACAAAGAGAAGAUUGUGGGGAAGGCCAGUAAGAGUGCCUCCAAAGCUGGGAAAUCGAAGGAACCUGAGGAGGAGAAGCCGCCGGUGUUCUGGGCUCCUGCACCACUCACAGCCAAGUCAUGGGCUGAUGUGGAUGAUGAGGACGAUGAUGAUUACUAUGCCACCACUGCCCCUCCCCAGUCUCUUUGGGUGGGUUCAGGUUCGAAUAAACCCGAAGAGUCUCAUAAACCAGAACCCUUGGAGGUAUAAGAAUAAAUUAAGAUAAUAUUGUAUUGUUGUUUUCUAGUGAUAACAGUGAUAUAAAUAGUGUUUUGCUCUGUUAAAAUUGAAUGGGUCGUUUGUUUUUCUGGUUUGUAUGGAUAUAUCCUUGAAAUAUUUGUGUUGAUUGCUGUUUAUGUGACAGUCUCUUGAACGCUUAGUUUUUUCUAUCUAUUAUCGAAGAAUGCAAUUUCGUUACUAUUGAUCGUAAUUAGUGAAUUAUUCACACACUUUUAUGAUUCCAAAGUUUGUUUUGUCGAUUUGUUGUUCCUCAGAAAAUGUUGCCAUCAAACAAAUUUUAGAUUUUUAAUGAUAAAAACCACCGUCGCAUAUUUAAUGUCUUGGUUGAAUUGACUUCAGGAUGUUGGGAAUAUGAGGAUAUCUUGUAUGUGUUUUUCUCACCUUUUUGCAGAAUUUUCGGGUGAAUUGUGUGCAAUGCAGUUUAUGGAAAAAUUGAAAAAGUGGGUGGCGC